AUGCAGUUCGGGUUCAUCUUGCUCGUUCUAGCGGUAAUCCUCCAGUUGGCUUCCAUCGACGCGGACGCCACGGUUCUUUCUCCCACAGGCCCGGUUGGAUUUGCUUCGGUUGACGGCGAAGGCGCCAGGUUCCUGAGGGCCAGUGCGAUUGCUGAUGACGAUGAAGAGAGACCAGAUACCGCGGCGGCCGACAAGAUUUCCACAGUUCUUGCUCGGCUCGCGGAGAAAGCAGAGCAAUCGCUGAGGGCUGAUGCAGCUGAGCUGGUAAAGCUGACCAAGUCUGUACCAGAUUCUCCAGCCGAGUAUGAUGUCUAUCUCGCUACUCUGAAGAAAGCCAAAAAGAAUUUUACACGCAACGCCAAUAGGCAUUUUGACGAGGACCUCAAGGCGACUCCCGAUGAUCUAAUCAGGCAGUACAACCUGGACCCAGAACUUGCGUUGAAAAUGACGAACACUAAGUCGCUGGAAGUCUUGAAAGACGCAGAUCCUGCACUGUAUGUCAUGUGGUUCAAGUACUCCAAGCACUACAAGAGAAACAACCCAAACUGGAAGCCCAUCUAUGGUCUUGCUAAGCUUACCAGAUACUAG